CGGCCCUGGUUACGGAAGCCGGGGAGAGCUGAGCUCAGGGCCCGCCUCGAGGAAGUUAGCUUUGGAAACCGGGUUAGUGGUGGAGAAGAGGUGUCUCAGGCCCAAUGGCGACUGUGGAAGCAAGCGGCAACGAUGGGAGAGGGCAAGGGGUCGAGACCUCCGUCACCUAUUAUCGAUUGGAGGAGGUGGCGAAGCACAACUCCAUGAAGGAAAUAUGGCUGGUGAUCCACGGGCGAGUCUACGAUAUCACCCGUUUCCUUAACGAGCAUCCUGGGGGAGAAGAGGUCCUAAUGGAACAAGCUGGUGCAGAUGCAAGUGAAAGCUUUGAGGACGUAGGCCACUCCUCUGAUGCCAGAGAAAUGCUCAAGCAGUACUAUAUCGGUGAUGUGCAUCCGAAUGACCUUAAACCUGAAAGUGGUAGCAAGGACCCUUCGAAAGAUGCCACAUGCAAAAGGUACAUGUUAACGAUAUUUCAAUUAAGAAAAAGAGGACAGUUAACUAUUUUUUGGCCAAAAUUACUGCACAUUCAGUAGUUCCUUACCAUUAGCAAAAUUAACUUUUACAGUUUCAGUCAUUUAGAGUAAUCUCAAAAGUUUGUGCCUUGAGUAAUUUUUAAAUCAUGUUGUGACAUAAAUUGGGAUCACAUUCAGUGAGAGGCCAAUAUGCAAGGACAAGUAACUGCUGGUAAAUCAAGCCAACGGUCUGUGCUGCUCAGCCCAGCUAUGCAACUUCUACUUGAAACUUAAUCACAUUUAAUCCCCACAACCGCUCUGUAAGGUGGGUGCUAUUAUUGCAUUUUAUAGAAGAAAAAAAUUAUGUAUUGCAUGCAUAUUCAGGAAUUUGGUUUCUUUCAAAGGAUUACUUACGAAUAUCCCUUGCGGUCAUUUUAGUAAUAUAAUAGUAUGAACUCUGAAAGGUAUAUUUUUGUCAUCCCUUAAAUGCCCUUGAAAUGACUGGAAUCCUUGGCUUGUAAAAAGUCUUUAUAGAGAUUAUAUAGAUCUGUUUCAUCUUUCUGAGCUCCCACUUAAAACAUUUCAGAGAGAGAGAGAGAGAUGUGGUUUUUUUCCCCCUAUAAAAGUAUUGCCUCUUUUUUAUUUGAGGUGAUGGACAAAGAAUGUAAGAAAUUUAAACUUAAAGGAAACUAUUAGUAAAUUCAGCUUCUUUAAUAUUAAGGUCUUAUGCUCAGCCAGCUACUCUGUAGAGAAUUUGAAAACACAAGCCAUAAACUUGCAAUCGAUUUGGGCUACACAUAACACUCGUUAAGAAUUAUUAUGCAGAAUACAAAAGGAAUUCCUACAAAUCAAUUAAAAAAUAAUGUAGUAGAAUAUGAGAAAAGGCUUAAACAAGCACCUUAGAGAAGAGGAAACAAAUGUAGACACACACAAAAAAAGGUUUAAUUUCAUUUGUUAUCAGAGAGAUACAAAUUAAAAUCUUAAGGUAUGUAUUUCACAGCUACCAGAUUGGCAAAAAUUGAGAAUUCUGAAAAUAAGAGGAGCUGUUGAGGAAGUGGGUCACCAAGGUUCUUAGACCCUCUUAGGGGAGUGUACGUGGGUACAGUCACUUUGGAAAAGAAUUUGGCAUUAUCUAGUAAAUUGGACAAUAUGAAUAACUUUUGACCCAGCAAUUCCAUAUCUAGGGAUAUACUCGAGAGAAAUGUGUGCACAAGUAUACCAAGAAACACAUAGUAGAAUGUUCGUAAGGGCAUUAUUCAAGAGAGUAAUAUACUGGAAGCAACCCAAAUAACCAUUCCUUAAUAAAAUGAAUGAAUCCAUUCUGGUAUAUUCAUAAAGUGGAAUACUACAAAGUAAUAAAAACAAAUGAGUCACAACUACAUGCAGCAACCUGAGCGAAUCUCCAAAAGAGAGUUCUGUCUUAUGGCUAAGACGUUACUGUUGAACUCUUUGGGUUCAGCAUAAAUCCAUUUCCUCUGCUUCUAUGCCCAGUGACAGUUAAGUAUUACAAAACAUUAUAUGGGGAUUGGCAGCCAACCAUUUUCAGUCUUUUGUACUGAAGAAUGUCUCUUCGGUGUUUUCUCAAGGAGCCUACUUUAAAACUUUUUUGUGUCUUGUGGUGGUUCUCCAAGAUACCUGAACUGAUCACCUUUGUGGGGACAUGACUGCAGAGUCCCCACGUGCCAUAUUGCUGUUGUACAUGCCAACUCGCUUGCUUUCCUUUUUUUACACAAAGCUACUCGGCCGACAUUCUAAACUUCUCUGGAGCAGCUUUCUGCCAUUCUGAAAUGUACAAAGCACUAGGCAUGUUUAGGCAAGGAGAAGCAGUUUUAUUAUUGAACCUCAGCUGGUUUUAUUGGCUUAAAAACCUUUUAAUACCAAGGCCGCAUAUGUCUUAGUAAGAGGGGCAUGCAGGUCAUUUGGAUCGUGGAAGAACUACACCUUAAAAGUAAGAGUGCUAGUAAGCUGUACUAGAGAAGAAUUAUUUUAAGGAGAGUGAUGACUGUCCUGAAAUUCAUAAGGAAAGUCUCUUACAGGCCUUCUCAAGCCAACUGUCAUUUAAAGUUUUUAGUUCCAUGUGGGUGUGUAUCCUUAUUAGUGUCCAGACUUAACUAGAGAAUAAGUGCAUUGAUUGGAAUCAGGAAUCCAUCACUAACUUUGCUUCGUGAUUUUGGGUGCCAAGCUUGUAUUUCCUGCGUAUACAGCGGGUCUAAUAGUAUCUAUUUCUUCAAGCUGUCAUGAGGAUUAAAUGUAGAAAAUACAGAUGAGAUAGAUAUCACUUUGCCAAUAGUUGUAUUAGAUGGUAUUGCUUCUAAAUUUAUAGUUAUAUGUAUAAAAUGGUAGCUUUUUUCCUGUUGAAAAAUGUUAAUUGUAGAAUAUGUGAAAAACAAAAUACAAAUAAGGUAUUUUUUUGAAGUUUUUAUUUAUUUUGAGAGAAAGAGAGAAAGCAUGAGCAGGGGAGAGGCAGACAGGGAGAGAAGGAGAAUUCCAUGCAGGCUUUGCACUGUGGAGCUCGAACUCACGAACUGUCAGACCUGAGCUGAAUCAAGAGUCAGACGCUUAACCAACUGAGCUACUUAGGCACCCCCAAACAAGAAAAAUUUAAGCCAUCCCUAAUCUCAUAACCCAGAAAUAACUGCUAUGUGUCUUUAUAAAAACACAUAUAGAGGCGUGUAUAGAGGCAUAUAUUUUUAGUAUCAUACUACACAUUCUGGUUUUUAUCUUUUAAAAAUUGUUUAAUAUUGGGGCACCUGAGUGGCUCAUUCGGUGAAGCAUCUGACUUCGGUCCAGGUCAUGAUCUCGCGGUUCUUGGGUUCGAGCCUAGUGUCGGGCUCUGUGCUGACAGCUCAGAGCCUGGAGCCUGCUUCAGAUUUAUCUCCUUCUCUCUCUCUACUCCUCCCCUGCUGUCUCUUAAAAAUAAAUGUUAAAAAAAAUUUUUUUAGUUGUUUAAUAUUGUCAUGCCAAUGCAAAUAUUUAUUUAUUUAUUUAUUUUGCUACUUGGGUGAUAAAAGCAGUUAAACUUCAGAGAAAGACAAAUAUAUGAUUUCACCUAUAUGUGGAAUUUGAGAAACAAAACAUGAACAUAGUGGAAAGGAAGGAAAAAUAAGAUAAAAAAAAAAAGAGAAGCAAACCGUAGAGACUCUCUUUUUUAUUUUAUUUUAUUUUUUUAUUUUUUAUUUUUUAUUUUUUAAAAAAUUUUUUAAGGUUUAUUUAUUUCUGAGAGAUAGAGAGAGACAAGUGUGAGUGGGAGAGGGACAGAAAGAGGGAGACACAGAAUUAGAAGCAGGCUCCAGGGUCUGAGCAUUCAGCACAGAGCCUGACGCGGGGCUCGAACCCACGAACUGUGAGAUCACGACCUGAGCCGAAGUCAGACGCUUAACUGACUGCGCCACCCAGGCGCCCCUUAUUUUAUUUUUUUUAAUAUUUAUCCUUGAAGGAGAGAGAGACAGAGUGUGAGUGGGGGCGGGGGCAGAGAGAGAGGGAAACACAGAAUCUGAAGCAGACUCCAGGCUCCAAGCUGUCAGCACAGAGCUCGACAUGGGACUCGAACCCACAAACCAUGAGAUCAUGACCUGAGCUGAAGUUGGAUGCUCAACCGACUGAGCCACCCAGGCGCCCCAUAAACCGUAGAGAGUCCUAAUGAUAGAGAACAAACUAUGGCUUGAUGGAGGGAGGUGGGUGGGGGAUGGCCUGAAUGGGUGAUGGGGAUUAAGGAGGGCACUUGUGAUGAGCACUAGGUGUUACAUGUUAGUGAUAAAUCACUAAAUUCUACUCCUGAAACUGGUAUUAUACUAUAUGUUAACUAACUGGAACUUACAUAAAAUCUUGGAAGAAAAAAAAAAGUAGUUAAAUUUCCCAAAGUAAAUCGAAAUUCUUUGGUCAUGAAAAUAUUAAAAUGUGGAUGUUGAAAGAUAGCAAA